AUCAGCUGUGUCCAAUCACAGCUGAUCACAUGGGACAUGUACACUGAUCAUCAGGGCACUGAUGAUCAGUGUAGCCCCAGCAGUGCCACCUGUCAGUGUCCAUCAGUGCCUUGUGUCAGUGCUCAUCAGUGCCUCGUGCCAUUGCCCAUCAGUGCCACAUAUCAGUGCCUACCAGUGCACAUCAAUGCCACAUAUCAGUGCCCGUCUGAGCUGCCUUUAAGUGUCACCCAUCAGUGCCAGUAAAUGCUACCUAUCAAUACCAAUCAGUGCCACCUAUCAGUGCCAGUCAGUGCCGCCUAUCAGUGCCAGUCCGUGCUGCCUAUCAGUGCGCAUCAGUGCCGCCUAUCAG